ACCCCUCACCCUUGCAGGCAAGCAGCCUGUCUGAGUUCAGCCCCUUCGACUGGAGGCUCGGGUUUAUCUGGGAGCAAAGAGAAAGCCAUUCAGGGGCUGCGGGCAUCAGGUGAAGGAAGUGCUCCGUGCAAACGCUCGAGGGAACAGAGAAGAGACUGGAAGUGGAGCAGGGGAUUUGACCUUUCUUAAUCAUAAACCCGGGUUUGUGAGGGCGUGCAGGGAGCUAUGACAGGGUUCUCUGCUCUUUCGGUGCUCGUUCUGUGCCAGCUUCUGUCAUCAUCCUCAGCCCAGAGACCUGGACUCAGAGGACCCCCUGGGCCACAAGGACCCCCAGGACAACCAGGAAGGGAUGGCACUGAUGGGAAACCUGGACCUCCUGGGCUGCCAGGGAAAGCUGGCCCUAAGGGUAAAGCAGGAAUAUCAGGACUGCCAGGAAAACCAGGUUUGCCAGGACUUCCAGGAAUUGAUGGUUUGACUGGUCCUGAUGGUCCUGCUGGCAGAGAUGGACCGCCAGGGGAAGCAGGUGAAGCUGGACCUUCGGGGCCACCUGGACCUCCUGGCAGGGGGAGACCAGGAACCCCAGGAUUACCAGGAACCAAUGGGCUGCCGGGCGGAGUCGGGCCUCAGGGAUCAGCAGGUCCAGAGGGUCUUCCAGGACUUCCAGGACCUCCUGGCCCUGAUGGACCCCCAGGGCUUCCUGGUACCCUUCAAGAUCUUACUGGUGAUCUCCUGUGUCCUGCUAUCUGCCCUCCCGGUCCCCCCGGCCCACCUGGGAUGCCAGGAUUUAAGGGACACACUGGACACAAAGGAGACAAAGGAGAGCCUGGAAAAGACGGAGAGAAGGGGGACCCUGGUCCACCGGGACCACCGGGUAUUGCAGGAACUGUUGGUCUUCAGGGGCCACGUGGUCUGAGAGGUCUACAAGGCUCAAUGGGAUCUGCAGGGGACAGAGGCCUCCCAGGUUUCAGAGGCAAGCCUGGCAUAGCUGGAAUCAUUGGAAAGACAGGCGAUGUUGGGGAAAAGGGACCACAGGGAUUUAAGGGACCUAAAGGAGAAAUUGGCAAAAUUGGUCCCAAAGGAGCUCUGGGGGGAGCAGGACCCAAAGGGGAGCCUGGUAUACCUGGAAGAGAUGGGAAAGAUGGAGCACCAGGGCUGGAUGGCGAGAAGGGUGAUCCUGGACGUCAUGGAGUAGUUGGUGAGAAAGGACCAAAUGGACUUCCUGGUUUGCCUGGAAAAGCUGGAGCAAAGGGGUCAAAAGGACAAGUUGGUGAUCCAGGGAAGUCUGGGGAGCAAGGACCCUCUGGAGAGCCAGGUAUUCCUGGUGAAAUUGGCGUUCCAGGAAACAGGGGGAUAGCAGGUCCCAGAGGCGUGGCUGGAGGUAUUGGACCAGCAGGCAAUUCUGGGCCUCAUGGAGUUAAAGGCUUCCAGGGAGUCAAAGGAGCCUUGGGCGACCCAGGUCUUCCAGGGCCAACGGGACUCCGAGGAGAGUUUGGUGAAAGAGGUCCAGUUGGAGCUUCUGGACCAAAGGGAGACAUAGGCGUGGCAGGAAGUGAUGGUUUACCAGGAGAGAAUGGAGAGCCUGGUCCAUUUGGGCCAGUUGGACAAAAAGGAGAGUCAGGAAAGAGAGGUGAACUGGGGCCCAAAGGUGUAACGGGUCCAGAAGGCGAGAUUGGGGCAAGAGGACCUCCAGGAAAACAAGGACCAAUGGGCUUCCAAGGGGAACAGGGUCAGCCAGGAAUCGCAGGAAAGACAGGUGUACCUGGAAAAUUGGCAAGUGAGCAGCACAUCAGAGAGCUGUGUGGUUCCAUGAUUGAUGACCAGAUAGCACAGCUAGCAGCCAACCUGCGAAGACCCCUGGCACCUGGAAUGGUGGGCCGCCCCGGCCCUGCAGGUUCUCCAGGAAAGCCGGGGGUUGCUGGUUCUGUUGGGCAUCCAGGUACUCGUGGACCACCAGGAUACAGAGGUCUGCCAGGAGAACUUGGAGAUCCAGGUCCCAGAGGUGAUGUUGGUGAGGCCGGUGAUAAGGGACCUGUUGGCAAAACCAUUGAUGGACCUCCAGGGGACCAAGGAUACCAAGGUCUUCCUGGAGUACCUGGAAUUGUCAAAGAUGGCCGUGAUGGGUCUCCAGGAGAUCCGGGUGAGCCCGGAGAGCCUGGCAGGGCAGGCAGGACAGGGCAUCAGGGUCCUCCAGGGAUCUGUGAUACAUCAGCCUGCCAGGGAACGUCACCGGCUGGGAAAUCCUCAAACCCCAAAAACAAUUAAACAUGACUUCCUGCAGCCUGACUGCUCCACUUUCAGGAGGGGAGGUGUUAACAUGAGAGGAAUGAGACAAGAGAACCUUCACAACAAGUCCUCUUUAUUUAAAUACAUGUAUCACAAGGAGGAAUAACAUCUACAAGUGUGAAUGGAGGAACAUCCCACGAGUGACAGGAACACCAAAGCAACUGAGAGACCCAGAAAAUUACAGGUAACAUCUUGAAAUAAAGUGGAUCAGGCAAGGAAAAGUGCAAUAGAACAACUGUAUUGACUCAAAUGUGUCACAUAACAACUGGCAUGAAUUUGUAAUUGUCAUUUCGAUGCUCCAUUUGUUUCGGUUAUCAUCAUUGUGGCAGACAACACCCUGACAGCAACUGUGACCGUCUCUGAUGUGAACGCUCAUUUCACACAGCUUAUUGUGUAAAUCACAGGUGUUACCUCAAUAUACUAACUGACCGUGUAAAAUAUGGACAUAGGUGCUGGAGCUGUAAAUGUACUGUCCCAUGUGCCCAGAGAUUUUGUAGAAUAAUUCAAAAAGACUUAACUGCUUUUUUACAGCUUGUUUUUUUUAUAUUACUUGUAAACUGAAGUUAAUUAACUAAAGCUAAGAGAAUCAUAAACAGGAUAACGUUGUGGAUGCAUAAAUCGGACAUGUAUAAUUCAUUAAUAAAAUUAGGAACUUUUUAAUUUUUUGGGGGUUUUUCAAUGUGCAAUGACCACAUCCACUGUGUACCACCGGUGCUGUAACUAUUAAAUAUACAUUACUUUAAAUACUA